CUCUGGGACGUCCGGCGUGCCCCGCCCAUCCGCCAAGCGGACGUCCGCUGCCAUGGCGACGCUGCUGCGCCGGGCCCUGCGUUCCCUGGGCCGGUCCCGGGGUGGUCCUGGGCCAGCUACAGAUGCGCCCGUCCGGGCCUCCAGCUAUGGCGCCGGCCUGUUGUACCCAGACCACAUCCCCACCUCUCCGUUGCAGAAGGCGCUGCUGGCCGCGGGCUCGGCGGGAAUGGCGCUCUACAACCCUUAUCGCCACGACAUGGUUGCAGUUCUAGGGGAAACUACAGGAUGCCGUACCCUGAAGGUUCUCAGGGACCAGAUGAGGAGGAAUCCAGAGGGUGCUCAGAUCCUACAGGAACGUCCCCGGAUCUCACUGUCUUCUCUCGACCUGGGCAGGCUCCGGAGCCUGCCUGAAGGCUCCCUUGGCCGCGAAUAUCUCCGGUUCUUGGAUGUGAACAGGGUCUCCCCAGACACCCGAGCACCCACCCGCUUUGUGGAUGACGAGGAGCUGGCUUAUGUGAUCCAGCGGUACCGGGAGGUGCAUGACAUGCUCCACACGCUGCUGGGCAUGCCCACCAACAUCCUAGGGGAGAUCGUGGUGAAAUGGUUUGAGGCUGUGCAGACAGGCUUGCCCAUGUGCAUCUUGGGAGCCCUCUUUGGACCGGUCCGCCUCAGUGCUCAGAGCCUGCAAGUACUGAUGUCGGAGCUGAUCCCAUGGGCCGUUGAGAAUGGACGGAGGUCCCCCUGCUUCCUCAACCUGUACUACGAGCGGCGUUGGGAGCAGUCCCUGCAGGCCCUGCGGGAGGAGCUGGGCAUCACAGCACCUCCCUUGCAGGUACAGCAACAGGCCUAGCCUGAGCGGCAGUGCCAGGAGAGCCAGGCCUGCCUCUGCAUGCCCUGCCUCCCUCAGGGCACAAGGGACUUUGCCACUGCCUUUGUUCCUUCUCUGAAGGCUGACCUUUGGACACCACUGAAUGUGAUUGUCAUAGCCACUGCCGUGUGGCCUGGAGAACCAGCCCUGGAAGGGAGGGGCAGGGCAGUGGGGCGCCCCAGGGAAGCCGGGAGCUGCCCACAAACAGCCACUAGUGCACACGGGUCGGUCGGCAGCCAAGGCUUACCCAUCUGAAGCCUCUCUCUCAGACUCCUCCCUGGCAGCCAGGUUUUUCUCUGGGCCAGGUGGUCUGUCCUCGAGGCGCAAUGGCUGCGCCCAGGUCCAAAGGCUGGAGAGCCGGCCAGAGAGGAGAGAAGUCUGCUGUCUGAAUAAAGGCUCCUCCCCUCAA